UUUACACUGAAAGAAGACUGAGGUUCCGUUGGUGGUAAAUUUGCAGAGAAUUAAUAAUCUAACAGUUGGAGAGGAAUGUCCACAGAAUGCCUAUGCAAUCAAGAAAAGCAACAGAAUCCAGGAUGUCCCGGUCACAUAGUGGCAGGACAGUCAAAAAGUCUGAAAGGAGUCGAAGGUCUUCCAAAAAGAGAUCUGUCAGUGCCAAAGACACCAUAUCAAGAGUGGACAUUCUUAGUCCAGCAGCCAUGGAGAAUGUUUACUACAUUUCCCAUAAUGCAGUUGACUGUCUGGAGUUCCGAGGCUUUGUAUGGCCUGAGUCAACAAAGAAAAGAGGAGGAAAGAAGGGCAAGAAACAGAAAAACAAAAAGUGAUUGUACCAUUAUUUGUGCCAGAACCAAAGUAAAAAUGUUCCCUGUUAGAUCAUUUUAAUGU